AGGAAAGGAUGAGAUUGUAAAAAUUAAUUACUUAUUACCUUUUAUUUUGUUUUGCUAUAUCAAUUUCGUGGACAGUACAAAGAAUUCAAAAGAAACCCUUCUUCAGUCUUUUAUUCUAAUUAAGGGACAAAAAAGAAAAGUUGCUGUCUUAACAAAAAAUAGAAAAAGAAAAUACCACAUAAAACAAAAAGAUUUAAACAGAAGAUUUGGGCCCCACCUGAAUACGGGUCCCCCAGUCGAAAUGUACAAUGUACUUAGUGAGGAGCCCUAGCUUGUUUACCAGUAAAAAACCAGAACAUACAUACGUCCAUCACCAUUUCUCUGACCAACCAAACUCUCUCUCCCCUCCUCUUUCUCUGGGCCCUCCUUCUCCGUCCAUUAAACCUCAGCACAGAGAGAGCAACUGACUAUAUAUAAAACAACCCAAAACAAAACACUCGUUUGCUGUUUUGUGUUUUUCUCUCGAGUUUGAAAACAACAAUGGCGGCAGACUAUGGUGGAGGUGUUCGUGCAAUUUCUCUCUCGCAAGGCGGCAGAAACUCCGACGACGACGACGGCUCCUCCCAGCAUAGCCCCCGGAGCGCGAGUGGGGGCGUCGUCGUUGUGGGAGGCGGCUCUUCCUCGUCCAAGUCAAAGUUUGUGUCACCGUCAGGUGAGAUUAUCAUGUCGAAGAAGCCGAGAGGAAGGCCGCCGGGUUCGAAGAACAAGCCCAAGCCCCCCAUAGUCAUCACCAAAAACUCCGAGGCCGCCAUGAAGCCCGUCGUCCUCGAGAUCUCCGCUGGCUCUGACGUCAUCGAAGCCAUCAUCCAGUACGCCCGAAGGCGCCACGUGGGCAUCAGCGUCUUGAGCGGUUCGGGGGCGGUCUCCAACGUUACCCUUGUACACCCAGCUGGGCCACACCACCACCCCAGCGCACCCUCUCUGCUGUCUCUUCUUCACGGGCCCUUCAACCUCCUCUCCCUCUCCGGCUCCUUCAUGGACGCCGUCCCAGCAACAGCCACGUGCCCUUCCUCGGCUUCCUCGAAGGUGGCCACGUCAGCUGGGGGCUGUUCUUCGCCGGGUAGCGGGUCGUUUGGGAUAUGCCUGGCUGGGGCGCAGGGGCAGGUGUUUGGAGGGAUUGUCGGAGGGAAGGUGGUGGCGGCGAGCGCUGUGGUGGUUGUGGGUGCCACCUUUGUGAAUCCGACGGUGCUGAGGCUGCCUCUGCCUGGUGAUGAUCACGAUGAUCAUGAAAAUGGUGUUGAGGGUGGGGCUCCUGCUGCUGAGUAUGAAGCUCAGGAGACGAAGCCUGGCGUUAAUGUUGAGAGUCAUUGUAGUGUUUACGGCGGCGGCGGCGGCGUUGCGAGCUCGACGCCUAUGAAUUGCCAGAUCACAAGUGUUCCUGAUCAAGUCAUGCCUUGGGGUCCUCCCUCUCGCCCUCCUUACUAAUUACUAGUUAUAUUAUUUUGGCUUUGCCUUUGGGGAUGAAGCAACAAAAUUAUAUUAAUUGCAGCUACCAUUUUCUCUUGCUUUCAUUCAUCUGAUCCUGUUUUAACCAACGUAGCUUAAUUAAGCUAAGCUGUAUGAUUAAUUAUUAAUCUCUGUUUUAA